GGGGGGCAGUGGUGUGCUGUGUCACAAUGACAAAUAAUUCACUUGUUCACGCACAUGUUUUUAUGGGUGUUAGACGCAAUAAACACUUGUGUCUUUAUUCAUUCAUAUUCCAGCCUUGGUUGAACUGAUUUUCAGUCUUGAAUGUUUGCAAUAUCACGUCCCCAUGUGACUCACCUGAUGACAUCACACAGUGACAUCACAGUCUCAGGGAGGCAGAACUAGUGAAAAGUCAAAGAGCUGCACUCUUCCAGUCACUCUUCUACCAUUUCAACUCUAAGCAGAUCUGGAGGUUUUUUUUCUCGUUUUCUUGUUGUUUCUUCCUGGAUCGUUUUUUGAGCUGUGAAUGUGAUGGUGUGUCUCUGUUAAGGAGCAUCAGGCUGCAGUUGAUCUGAAGAUGUCUGAUAAUGGGGAGGUCGAGGACAAGCCCCCAGCCCCACCUAUGAGGAACACCAGCACCAUGAUUGGCUCCUGCAAUAAGGAUCCCACACCCCUAAACCACAGCUCGAAGCCCCUCCCACCAAACCCAGAGGACAAGAAGAAAAAGGAUCGAUCCAUCAGAUUCAUCCUGACUGGAGGAGGGGACAAGACCUACAAGAAAAAGGAACGUCCAGAGAUUUCACUGCCGUCUGAUUUUGAACACACCAUCCACGUUGGCUUUGAUGCUGUUACCGGAGAAUUUACAGGCAUGCCGGAGCAGUGGGCCCGCCUCCUGCAGACCUCCAACAUCACUAAGCUGGAGCAGAAGAAGAACCCUCAGGCUGUGCUGGAUGUUUUAAAGUUCUAUGACUCUAAGGAAACAGCCAACAGCCAGAAAUACAUGAGCUUCACAGACAAAAACACAGAUGCGUACAACUCCACCGUCACAGUGAAUGCCAAGGCUGUGUCAGAGACCCCCGCCAUCGCAACUGUGUCUGAGGACGAGGAUGAAGAUGAAGCUGAGCCUCCGCCGGUGAUCGCUCCCAGACCAGAACACACAAAAUCAAUAUACACUCGCUCAGUGAUUGAGCCCCUCCCUCCUCCUUCGACCAAAGAUGCUGCCACCUCUCCCAUCAUCCCUCCAGCAGCUACAGGAGCUACAGCAGGAGCCGCUGCAGCCGUCACCCCGGCUUCUGCUGCAGAUGGCGCUCCCAGCAGCCCUCCCAGUGCCAGUCCUGCCCCUGGUCCUUCCGUUCCCCAGCCUCAGGACAAAUCCAGGAAGAAGAAGAUGUCGGACGAGGAAAUUCUGGAAAAACUACGGACCAUUGUUAGUGUUGGAGACCCAAAAAAGAAAUAUACUCGCUUUGAGAAGAUCGGACAAGGUGCGUCUGGUACAGUGUACACGGCCAUAGACAUCGCUACAGGACAAGAGGUCGCCAUUAAACAGAUGAACCUACAGCAGCAGCCAAAGAAGGAACUGAUCAUCAAUGAGAUCCUGGUGAUGAGGGAAAAUAAAAACCCAAACAUAGUCAACUACCUGGACAGUUACCUGGUGGGAGACGAACUCUGGGUGGUGAUGGAGUACCUGGCUGGAGGUUCUCUGACGGAUGUUGUCACAGAAACCUGCAUGGACGAAGCCCAAAUAGCUGCCGUGUGCAGAGAGUGUCUACAGGCUCUGGAGUUUCUUCAUUCGAACCAAGUCAUUCAUCGGGACAUCAAGAGUGACAACAUCCUGCUGGGCAUGGACGGCUCUGUCAAACUCACUGACUUUGGGUUCUGCGCCCAGAUCACACCAGAGCAGAGCAAACGCAGCACCAUGGUGGGGACUCCAUACUGGAUGGCACCAGAGGUCGUGACCCGUAAGGCGUAUGGGCCUAAAGUGGACAUCUGGUCACUGGGCAUCAUGGCCAUAGAGAUGGUGGAGGGAGAGCCACCGUACCUGAAUGAGAAUCCACUCAGGGCGCUGUACCUCAUAGCAACCAAUGGCACACCAGAGCUGCAGAAUCCAGAGAAACUGUCCACGAUAUUCCGGGAUUUCCUCAACAGAUGUCUGGAGAUGGAUGUGGAGAAGAGAGGGUCGGCUAAAGAGUUACUGCAGCAUCAGUUCCUGAAGAUGGCGAAGCCUCUCUCCAGUCUCACUCCUCUCAUUGUGGCUGCCAAGGAAGCUGCCAAGAACAACCGCUAGUUCCCUGUCUCUCUACAAUCCCUGCUCUCUACAUUCUUUUGCUAGUUUCUUUUGGAACGAACAGUGGAUACGGACUAGAGUUCUGGACCAGUCUUUCUGUUUUAUCUCCCUUUCCCUUCUUUUUACCUGCACUCACUUC